CAUUGGCACCUAAUACAUACAAAUCAGAUCCAAUAUUCGGUUGUAACGUUUCAUUAGAAAACGCAUCAUUUUUGGAAAGGUUCAGAUGUACCAUAAUAAGUCCCCUUCAAAUGAUUUAUCACUUUUCUCAGUUGAAUGUAAAAGAAAAAUUAAAAGGAAACUCUUUUAUGGCAAAAGAUCGAUUACCAAAGGCUUCUUUGCUUUUAGCUGAUACCUACUUUGGUUUUGAGUUACCGCAAUCCUUACCACCAAAUAUUCGGGAAAUCGGACCG